AUGUCUAUUCAACAAAUCGCCACUAGUCCCUUUCAGGAUCAGAAACCCGGAACUUCAGGUUUAAGAAAGAGAGUCACUGUAUUUCAACAACCUCAUUAUACUGAGAACUUCAUUCAGGCCAUCUUAGAUGCAAUUCCUGAAGGAGCUCAGGAUUCCACAUUAGUGAUUGGAGGUGACGGUAGAUUCUAUAACGAUGUGGUAAUUCAAAUCAUUGUUAAGAUUGCUGCUGCUAAUGGUGUUAAGAAAUUGAUCUUAGGUCAGAAUGGGAUCCUUUCUACGCCAGCCACAUCUCAUGUGAUCAGAAUUACUAAAUCAACAGGAGGAAUUAUCUUAACUGCCAGUCAUAAUCCAGGAGGUCCCACUAACGAUUUAGGUAUUAAGUAUAAUUUAGGCAAUGGAGGUCCAGCACCAGAGUCAGUAACUAAUAAGAUUUAUGAAGUUUCUAAGCAAUUGACUCAUUACAAAUUGAUCGAUUUACCACAAGUUGACAUCACUAAAUUAGGUACCACCAAUGUUGGUAAUAUCAUUGAAGUAGAAGUCAUUGAUUCUACUAAGGAUUAUGUUGCUAUGCUCAAAUCCAUCUUUGAUUUCCCAUUAAUUAAAUCGUUCAUUGCUAAGGCCACUAAUGAUCAAAACUUUAAAGUAUUAUUUGAUGCCCUUAAUGGAGUCACUGGUCCUUAUGGUUAUCAAAUCUUUGUUAAGGAAUUGGGUUUACCAGAAAGUUCUAUUCAAAAUUAUCAUCCUCAACCUGACUUUGGUGGUUUACAUCCAGAUCCUAAUUUAACUUAUGCCCAUACGUUAGUGGAAAGAGUUGAUAAGGAAAAUAUUGAUUUUGGAGCUGCUUCAGAUGGUGAUGGUGAUAGAAAUAUGAUCUAUGGAGCUGGAACUUUUGUAUCUCCAGGAGAUUCAGUUGCUAUCAUCUCUGAGUAUGCUGAUUCAAUUCCUUAUUUUAAAAAGCAAGGUAUUUAUGGACUUGCUCGUUCUAUGCCUACUUCUGGUGCUAUUGAUUUAGUAGCCAAAGCAAAAGGGUUAAAUGUUUAUGAAGUUCCAACUGGAUGGAAAUUCUUUUGUUCAUUAUUUGAUGCUGAUAAACUUAGUAUUUGUGGAGAAGAAUCCUUUGGAACUGGUUCUAAUCAUAUUAGAGAAAAGGAUGGUUUAUGGGCUAUAGUUGCUUGGCUUAAUGUAUUGGCUGAUUAUAACUUACAAAAUCCUACUAGUAAAACAUCCAUUAAAAUUGUUCAAGAUUCAUUCUGGCUUAAGUAUGGUAGAACAUUCUUUACUAGAUAUGAUUAUGAGAAUGUUGCAACUAGUGGAGCUAAUCAACUUGUAGAUUUACUUGCUUCUAUUGUUGAAUCUUCAAAACCUGGUGAUGAAUUAAAACCUGGUUAUAUUGUUGAAGAAGCUGCUAAUUUUUCAUAUACUGAUUUAGAUGGUUCUGUAUCUAAUAAUCAAGGAUUAUUUAUUAAAUUUCAAUCUGGUUUAAGAUUCAUUGUUAGAUUAUCAGGUACUGGUUCAUCUGGUGCUACUGUUAGAUUAUACUUAGAAAAGCAUAGUACUGAUAAAUCAACUUAUCAAUUAAAAGUUGAUCAAUACUUAUCCAAAGAGAUUGAAUUUGUAUUGGAAUUGUUAAAAUUUAAACAAUUCUUAGGCAAAGAUGUACCUGAUGUUAAAACCUAA